AUGAGAAGUAAGGUUCAUUACCUCGCUAUGAUAUUCCUCGUGCUGGUUUUGCUUCCCAUCGUUGUGGAAGCGGUCAAACGUCCCGAUUACAGCAAAUUUCCCCGCAUCACCCCUGCACAAUAUCGUGAUGGCCAUCAGUACUAUAUCGAAGUAGACAACAUCGCGGAGAAAUUCAUCUUCAAACCAAUAGCCGUAUUGUUGGUCGACAUUUUUUCGACUGUAGUUGAAUGA